GCAAUUUCGGCUUCUAAAUCGUUAAUUUUACCAUGGAUUGGCUCCAAUUUGGCGCUGUAAUCAUUGCUGCAUUAGGCACUAUUUACCUAACGGGUAAAAGUGGUAUUUUUAUGCGGAAAUUCCAAGAGAUUGCCACAGGCAAGGCAGGAUGUGUGCCAGCAGAGGACCUGGGUUUUGUCACCAUCCACUACUUUGCUGGUCGAGGUCGAGCGGAGGCCAUCCGACUUCUGCUGGAGCAAGCCAACGUUCCUUACAACCAGACAGACUUUAGCCGGGAAACUUGGCCUGAAGCCAAGAAAGCAGGAGUAGAGAAAGGCCUUUACACAUAUGGACAAGUGCCAGCCAUUGUGACAUCAUCGGGUGUGUCUAUGGUCCAGCAGCAAGCCAUCCUGCAUUACCUUGGUAGGGCUACAGGGAUGGAUUGUGACUGUGAAGAUAUGCAUCGCUGUGAGGUACUGGCUCUGGGUGUUGAGGAUGCUAGGAGCAAGCUCUCAAAGCUCGUCUAUGACCCGUCUUUCUCCGUUGCCAUGAGGGAUGAAUACCUGAAAGAGAUUGCUCCUCUCUGGCUGGGAUAUUUUGAGAAAAUAGCGCCCUCUAUAUCUUCGCAGCAAAGAGGAUAUUUUGUAUCUCAUCGUUUGACCUGGGUUGACUUCCUCAUCUUUGACCUCCUCGACACCAACAUCGAAUUCGACAAGCUCGAUAUGGGGCGCCCUCCUGUGGCCAUCCUUGCCCAGUUCCCGAAGCUCAACUCGUACUACAAUCGCAUGAAGGCUUUACCCAGCAUCGCCAAUUAUCAGAGUAGUCCUCAGAGGCCACCUUUCAAGAUACCAUACAUGCCAAAACCUGAAUCCAAUGCCAAGCAGAUGUGAAGUUACGAGUGUUUUGUCUGAAAUACAUAAAUGUUGUACUAUUCGUAGUAGCCUAUGUUUAAUUUAUUUGUGAUGAAAAGAGUAGGUAUUAGACUGAUAAAAAAAUAUGUUUAGAGUAACUAUUAGUAGAGUAUCUCAAGGCUAGUUUCUUGACACAGGAAUCUGGAGAGUAUAAGAUCUAUUAUUGCUUUCACUGCAGUAGUUAUUUAAAGUUGUUUCUUAUCUCAAAGACACUGAAUUAUUUAAAUCCAUACAAAAUGGAUCAGUUUCGCAGUAGUCGUUUCUCAGGCUUUCACUUUUCAUUGUGGCUAUGUUAGAUGUGGCACAACUCUAGUAUUGGGUAACAUAAUAUAUCACUCUUAGUUCAGGGGGGGGGGGGCAUUUCACAAAGCCUAUUUUCAAUGACAAAUGACAAAAAUCAGUGACAAAUCUGCUGAAAACCCAUCAGAAGCAAGGAUUUCAGUAGCAUAUAACAAAAACUGUCAUUUGUCACUGAUGACAAGUUUUGUGAAAUGCCCCCCCUGGAUGUGUGAUACAUUGUUUAUGUGAUAGCACUUUGUAGAUUUGAGUGUCGUCAUAGUCGUACACAGUACUGAAUAGUCAAUCCUAAUAAUUGGGAAUACUCCACUUCAAGUACAAUUUAGUAUUGGAGAGAAGGUGACUGAUUCACAAGAUAUG